AUGAAAAACAAACAAAUUAUUUUCAAAGUUGUUUUUAUCUUCUUCGAGUACUUUUCCGUGUGAGUAAUUUGCUACCCAAAAAUUUAACCGCUGCCAAAGAUUUGACUUCAGAUAUGUCUUACUCUCUUCCUCUUAUUGUACAGAACACAGAAAGGUUUUUUUAGGGUACGUCAGAGAGACCACAAUUCAUAGUUAGUCACAUAAAUUUCCUGUCACUUGCUACUCUCAAUUCAUUUCUGACGGAUGGAAAGCAGGGAGAGGAACUGCUCCUUCAACGGCUUGAUUGCGGCAACUUUCUGUAAACAGCGAAAUCAUGUCUGUGUUUUAUGCUGUGGUUUUCGGCUGUAUUCUGGUUUUUGGUCUGCCUCUCAACGCCGUGUCACUGUGGAUUCUGCUUUUCCACCAUGGACUCAGAUCACCCAUCGCAGUUUUCAUGAUCAACCUGGCAAUCUCAGACCUGAUGCUGGCCAUCACCUUGCCUAUGAGAGUCUACUUCUACGCCAUGGACAGUUGGCCUUUGAGUAACUUGACCUGUGUCUUCGUCACGAUGAUGUUUCGCAACAACAUCCGCUCCAGUUCCAUUUUCAUCACUUUCAUCAGCGUGGACCGGCUGCUGGCUGUGGUUUAUCCACUGAAGACACGGCACAUACGAACCCUGUCCAAUGCCGUGAAAGGAGCUGUCCUGGUUUGGCUCUUCGUGUUGGUGCUCAAUAUCCCAGAGGGUAUCCGUUUCUCAAGACUUUUGAACAGUACGAACGCGUCAAAGUGUUUCGAAUCUGUUUACUCUGAUAUAAGAGAAAAAUCAUCAACUGUCUACAUUCAGUCCACGCUGGAGUUCAUCUUGCUGACAGUCAACGUUGGAUGCACCGUCAUGGUAUUCUGGACCCUGCGUCAUCACCUCAGUGAGUCUGCAAAGGUCAACAGCAAGGUGAACGUGAUGGUGAUUUUUGCCCUGAACUUGGUCAUGUUUAGCGUAUGCUUCCUGCCUUUGUCCAUCACUGCAUUAAUUAGGACUAAAGGGUCUGACUUCACGCCUGUGAUAUGUCUCGCUACUGUGAACUGCUGCUUGGAUCCUUUGUGUUAUUACUUUUCCCUCGAUGCCUUCUGGAAGAAAAGAGAGGAAGAUGACGUAAGAAGAGAUCGGAGGACAAAUGAAACUGAGUGAGAGUCAUGAUGCUUCA